GUUAGGGUUAGGACCAUCUCACCUAAUUUCAUGAGAGAAGCCAGCAGGACCCACAGGGAGAUCUCGAAGGGGGUCUGGAUGUGUUCGUACUCGAAGCUGAGCACCGGGAAGGGCUUCUUGGUGAAGUUGUGCCUCUCCUCCGGCACGGCGUGGACGUCCGAGUCGUGUCGGUGGCCGACAUCCGGCGAGCUGGCGGCGCCCAGGGGCAGCACGGAGCCCUCCAGGAGCACCAGGAGGACCAGCAAGAGGAGCCCGCGCUCCGGCAAGCCGCUGCCGAAGCCGCCCGGCUGCCGAGAGCCUCUUCGCGGCGGCAUGGCUGGAGGAGGUGGAAACGCCUUAAAGUUCAAGGAAGUUGGGCGGCCUGUCGGUUCGAACUUCGCCGCACGAACCGAGCGAGUGUUGAAGCGUGGGACCGCCGAGAAGGCGUCCGGACCCGGACCCAGGAAGGUGAGCUAGCCGCUGCGGAGCGUCUUGCUAGCCAGGUGAGCGACGAGGCCGAGGAAGGAAGCAGGAAACGUCAAGAUAAUUAAUAGUCGCUCAUAAACUAGGAGAGCCACAACGUCGCUGCUGGACGAAAAACUCCACCGGUUCCUUUUCCGGAGCUUUUACAAGUUUACUCUGCGACCGUCGAUGUCCUCCCGGGGGAAAUGUGUCAUUGCUGAUGCGGGAGACGAGCGACGGUCAGCGGCAUCCCCUCGACGCCGCUCGGUCCCUUCCCAGUGGCCGGUAAAGUGUCUCCACGGGCGGCGUCGCUCACAAUCUGACCUUGAAGAGGAGCCACGCCACAACGCGGCCGCAUUUUGUGCGUCGCCGAACUUUCUUCAAAGCGAGGUUUCAGCCGUCAGUGUCCGUCUGCGUGUGCGGUAAUUCCGCCCCGGAGGAGGAGGAUGAGGACGGGACCUUGGCGGGGGUCAGCUCGGGGAGGGACAGCCCGGGUGGAGGCGUUCCGCCUCGGCUUCGGGAGGCUUCUUUCCUGGCUUGUCGAGCCAGGUCGGCCCGACUCGGUGCUGCUUCGCCUUCAACCUUCAAAAUGCGAAGCCUUUCGCGGACGUUUGGUGGAUGGGAGGAGGAGGCUGGAGGGCGGAGGACGUCGGCCGUCAAACAGUGACACCUACCGGCAUGGAGGGUGGUGCCAGAUGUGACCCGGGCACCGCUGCUUUCAUGGCCAUGAGGGUCCACACACAGGUGAGACCAGAGCGAGGACCCCGUCUGUCCAUGGGACGUGUCAAGUGCCCUCGGCUACUAAAAAGGUUGCUUUGAGAGGAUCGCCGGAGCAGAGGAGCAGAGAAACGGAGGAGAAAAAGUGGGGGAGGACAAAGACUCUGAAAGGGAGCACCCUGCCUGCUAUUUCGGCUCCUCUGUGGGCAGGGAGCGUCUCAUUUGGGAAUGACGGAAAAGGACUUCUCCUAAGGUCUGUGUAAACCCUGGAUAUCAAUUAGCUCCAAGAUUCCCCUGGAAAGAGCCUGCAGAGGGUCUACACCCAACAUCUACUGUGGUUUCCUGAACUGCCACCUCCUUCGUAGCUCACAUCUUCCUGGAGGAGGAAUGAAGCUUUUUUAGCGUCGGAUCCGCAACAGCACCCUGUGGAACGCCGGCAGAGGAGCAAGUUUCAUCUUUGUCCGAUUCGGUUAAAUCAGCAUGAAGCCGUUAACGCCCGCCGGGUCCCCGUCCCCUCUGAGGCUCCUCAACAAAGGCCCCGCCUACCUGCGGCGGCAGAUAGACGGCGGGGGCCACGGACGCUCCGCCAGCGCCGUGGAGAGACUGGAAGCGGACAAAGCCAAAUAUGUCAAGAGCCAGCAGGUGAUGAACACCAAACAGGAACCCGUGCUGGCACCCUGCACCACGCCGCCACCGCCGCCCCGCAGAGCCUUCAACGUCCCCGGCGGGUUCAGCCCUCAGCUCCCCCUGCGUGGUUUAUCUCCUCUGUCUGGGUCCUUCACCUCAAGGGACGACAAUGAAAACGAAGACUCCAGAAAAGAGAACCGACGAGCUUCCGUUGAUGUCGAGGCUCACAACAGGACCAACGGAAACAACGGAAAGCCUCCUUGCCCCAGGACGCCUGGACCGAACCCCUUGGUGGCCCCACACAGUGCCCCCGUCCUGAGGAGGAGCACGGGCAAACGCAUGCUGAGGCCCGACUCGCUCGUCAUUUACCGGCAGAAGAAGGAGUGCAAGAGCUCCAACGGUUCUGGUGUCGGGGAACACACCAGCAUGGACCUGAAGAGUUCCAGCUUUGUCCGCCGCCUCUUCCAGGUCUCCAUGAGGGACAGGAGCCAUGCAGGAGAAGGAAAAGUCCACCACAUGAUCAUCGGUGAGGAGAAAGCAGACUCUCGCAUGUCAUGGACUAACGAUAAGGAUACCACCGAUGGUGGACCGGGCAGCAGGAGGUCCAGUAAGACAGACCAAGAACAUAGUCCAGGAUCUCUGCCCAGUCCUGGGUUUAGUUGUACUACUGAUGAGACCAGUGAUGGAUUUAGCAAAGGUACCACUGAUGCAGACCAUCUCAACGAUGACAAGGACCCGUGGAGACGGGCGUCCCCCCCGCCGGCACGCAGGACUAAGCUGCAUGGCUCCACGUCGGAUCUCCGCUGCUCCUUGGAUUUGUCAGACCAGGAGCAUUUCUUUGACUUUUGCGGACUGGAUUUUGACAUGGUAGAGCGCCUGGGGAGGGAGAACUUCCUCUCGGGCGCCAGCUCCACGGACACGCUCUCCCUGGCACUGCGCAGCGUCCAAGGCGGAUCAGAACCCAGCGAGUUCUCCCGACACUCGGGCGACGGGCUGUUCGAGGAGGAGCUGGCCGACCAGCCGCCCACCGGGGUGUCCAUCAUCGAGAGGAACGCUCGGGUCAUCAAGUGGCUCUACGGCUGUAAGAACGCUGCUCGGGAAGGACCCAAAGAGUCCACCGUUUGACUCUGACGGAAGAGGACAGUCUUUGGAGGGUCUCGGCCUGUUUUAGUGGUGUCCUGUCCCCAAACAGAACUGGAUUCUGAAGCAUUCCUUGGGGCCACAUGGUUGUAGACCACUAAAAACCACUAAGCUAGUUUCCUGUCAACUGGAAAAGCGUCAAGUGAACCGUGAGUACCUCAAUGCCCCAGUUUAGUUUGUUUAACCCCUUAAACCUAAACCUAAGCCUGCGGGGCGCCCCCAUGGGGUUCUUAAUGCACUGAAGUGGACUCAGAGAGACGAGCUAUACCGAAGCUUUUUUUUAAUACACUGUCAAUAAUAACCGUCAAUCAAAAAUUGCUUGCAUGGUGACGGGUCUUGGCCUGAAGGUCAUUCCUGGUUUUUCAGUUGUUGGCUCCAAAAGAUCAACAAGACUUUGGUGAAACUUGGAGCUUAGCCUUCCUCUUGUGUUAGCGUUCUGGUAUCAUCGCUCAUGUUAACGGCUCGGUUUUGACCCGUGUAUUCAAUCAGAUAUAAAAUACAAUAAAUCAAUAAAAACAAUAAAUUACCAUCACAUUUGGUUAUCUUCUUAGGAUUCCUCAUCCAUGAAAAUGUUGCUUUUAAUACUUCUGGGGUGGGCAUGGAGGACUUUUUUUGUCACCAUACCCCUCCAUUUCUUUUUCCAAUUUCACUUAUGAUUUCAGUUGUGGCUCAAAAUAUUGCUUUAUAUAUUCAUAUUAUUAGAACCGGGUCCAAACCCACCCUAACAAUACAGUGGUCAUCAUUUCAACCAGACCAUUUUAAAAUGUAGGAAAAAUUAUAUUUUUGGUUUUAUGGUAAUGGUAAUGGUAAUGUAAUGGUAAUGCUAAUGCUAAUGCUAAUGGUAAUGGUAAUGGUAAUGGUAAUGGUAAUAGUAAUGGUAAUGGUUUGAUUUAAUUUGAACAUGCAUCAGAUUCCAAUUGAGUGCUUCCCAUAAUCAGUUCCCAGUUCCACAUGUCCAAAAGGAGUAGGAAGAAGCAAAGCUUAUUAAAUCCUACCCCUCCAUCUGGUACUUUUACAAUCGCUAACUGUUACAUUUGUUCACUUCCUGCUUUCCAUAAUACAGUUUAAGGUUUUUUUUUGUUUUUUUUUUGUUUUGUUUAUUAAAUAAUGUACGUACCUCGUAUCUGGUACUGGGUGAUAUGAGCAUCCAAUGCCAUAAUGUGUACCAUAGUGCGUGUCAAUAUAGUGAUAUAUAUAGCACAUCAUGACUGGUUCAAGACUCUUCAUCCUUGGAUUUAGCAAACAUCAACUGCUUGUAUUGUUUCUUGAAUUGGCUCAUCGUUAGCUCGGCUAGCAUAACGUAGUAACGUAGUUAUUUUGUUGAAAUAGUUUCCUGAAAGUCAAAAAGCCUUGAUGCCAUAAACAAAUAUUACGUGAUUCUUUUUAUGUAUUAAAAUGUAAAACGGGUGGGUGCCAACCCUAACACAAGAGGAAGGUUAAUUAAAGAUACCUGAGCCCAGCAGCUGCUCCGUGAUGGGAUGGAUGGUUGGAUGGAUGGAUGGAUGGAUGGAGUAAAGCGGCGGCAAAGCCAGGAGCUUCACAUGUUGAACCAUCACAGAUCCUACCUGGCUUCAUCCAUCACAGACUCAGCACUAUCUCCACCAAAGGUCGCCUGUGCCGGGGAAUCCAAAGCGGGGGUCUCGGGAGGUAUGCGGGGGUUAGACUGAGAGUCUGGUACGUGACCAUCACUGAACCCGAUAGAAUGCUUGCGGUGUUCAUCAUCUCCAUGGAAUCUUGUUGGACUACGUCUCCCGUCAAAAGUCCUUCCUUGUUGUUUCCCAGAUGUUUUAGAGUCAGACGCCAUGUUACCCCAACAUAUUUGUGUCUGAUGUCCACGGCAAUAAAUGCUAGUAAUCACAGACUUGGAGUGUUGUCUCUAGUUUGACGUGGAAUACUACAAUAAUACUACAAUAAUACUACAAUAAUACUACAAUAAUACUACAAUAAUACGACUGGGGGGUCUAGUUGUAAGCCCCGGGGGAAAGCAGUGGUAAGGUAUUUACACUAUGUAUCAGGGGUGGGCAAACUACGGCCCGGGGGCCACAUCCGGC